UUGAUUUCUUCUCAUUGGUAUUCUGAAGAAAGUCUUGCAUUAUUUGACAAAAAAAAAAUUCGUGAACCAAAGAUUAAUAUUAGAAAUGCAAUAGAAUUAGAUUCAAAAAAGGUUUCAUAUAGCUAUGGUUUCAGACUUUGUAAAAAGGCUUUGAAUAUAGCGAUCACUAAUGGUUCUAAUAAGUUAAUUCAAGAAAAUAAUAACUUUAGUAUUUCAAAUCCAUAUCAGUAUAAAGGUAAAGGCCAUCUUGCAAAUAAAAGAUCCUUAUUAGCAAUUAAAAAUUAUAAUAGCACAAAUAUUGUUUCAAGUAAUCAAGAUAAAAUUCUAGCAUCUGGAUCAAAAAAGAAAAACAAACAUUA